AUGUCUAGUUAUACCGAGAAUACAGAACAGCCACAGGAUAAGCAACAGCAAUUGAUUAACCCACUUCAAAAGAAACUUACACCAGACCAAUUCCAAGCCAGUGUCAAUUUUUAUGAGGCCGACCAUGCGUUGAACAACGCAGAAAGAGAAAGUAUUGCUGAUGAUCUUCAAGCAGUCGUUACUCUGUCUUCAGUAGCCGGGUAUGGACUUGGGAUGGCUGCAUUUGGGUCUCCUACAAUCUAUAGGAAGCUUACGCACAAACCAUCCUUGGUUGCUGGAGUGAAAAAUGUGGGUAUAAUUCAUAAGCCAAUGGUUUCAUUUAUGAUGGGAUUAGCUGCUAUGAUUGUAGCCCAUCAACUGGUGGCUAAAUGGAAGUUUAAUAGCCAAAUUCAACAACUUGAAGGAAAUUCAGAAAAAACUCGUCAACUUAAUGUAUGGAAGACCAUGGAUUAUCAUCAAGCUGGACUUUUCUUCUUAUAUUACAAGCAAUCAUGUCGUGAUUCAUCCUAUAUAAUCAAGGAUCCUAGAACUUAUAGUGAACAUGAAGUUCAAUUCCAUCCAUCUGUUGGUGAAAGGGACCAUUUCACAUCCGCCAUUGGAAUUGGAGCUGCUGCAGGAUCUCUGUGGGACCAAAUAAGAAAGGCUAAUGGUAUUGAUGCUCAUCUUAAAUCAGAAAAAGAUGUAGAACAUGAUUCCAAUGGAAGCGCAUGGGAUAAAAUUAGAAAAGAAGGAAAGGAUUAG